CCACGCCUACUUUAUCUGCGCUUUAUCUAGAACUGGCUGCAUACAAGUGGAUGUUCUCCUGGUGGUGAUAUCGGUGCCUCCUGGAUACCCUAGCCUGCCAUCGCGUGUGGAAUAGUCUCAAGAAUGUUCAUAUGUACAGAUAAAUCAACUGGCAGCUUUUAAGCUUAAGUGUGUCACAUUUAGUAACCUUUUGAGACCCAUCAAGAUCGUGCUACGCUAAGAAUGGCUGCAAAUGAUGCUGGGCAAAAGAAAAGAAACAACUACAAACUUUUAGUCGAUCCCGAGCUCAAAAAAGGCUCCAAAAAGAUCUACAGAAUCAACGGCAAAGACGUGCCAGGGUUUCCAUGCUCUGGUCCUCUGAGAGAUCCUAGGACCCAGAAGACGGUCCUAGGAGGGGCUACUGGGACCUGUGUGAAUAUGAAGAUACCCAGGUUCAAGUAUGACAGCUUCUGGGAGGGACCUUCACCAGAGAGAGAUGUGUUCAUCAUCGGACUCAACGAGACAGCUGGUGGGUCUGCCCUGAGGGAGACGUGUGAGGAGGCCGCUCCUCUCAACUGUAUCAAGCUGCAUCGUCACCCCAAGACUAAGAGCUUCCUGGGUGCCGCUACGGUGUGCUUUGAGGAGUGGGGUGGCGGGCGUAAGGCACUGGGUAGACUAGACGGAAAGAUUGUGGGAGGAUGCUAUCUCGGAGCUGAGCUCGAUGAUAAUGGAGACCACUUGAAGAAGUACUUGGACCCAGUGCUGAAGAACGUAGAGAAGAAGCCACGCACACGUCCACCCUCUCAAGACGGACUUGGUAUGGCUUCUGAUUCCGAUGACAUGAGAACUCGAAACGACUCAAUCUCUGAGAGCAUUAUCAGCGAAUCUGAGAUUGACUCAACAGUUCAAGCGAUGACCCCGCUAACUCCCACCACCAUUGUGAAGAAAGAUUCAGAUCCAUUUGCAGUUCCAUCUUCCGCUGCUACCAAGCUCUAUCCAUUCUCCAGUCUGCACAUGCUCAGCGCGUCGACCACGCCCACUGAAGUGACAUCAUCACCGCGGACACAGUUCAAUUCUCCAUUCCCCAUGACACCGUCCAGUAUUGAUUCCGGUAUAUCGCUAAAAACCCACAGCAGCACUAUUCUAAGUCCUGAUGGAAGACGAAAACAUUCGCAAUCCUUUUCCCUCCCUCGUAUCCCGAACACGCCCCCUCCUCCCCUACCCCCAGAGGAACAAGCGCCCCCUCUACCCCCUCAAGAUUCAACUGCUCCUCCACCGCUCCCCCCGUUACCGCCGGUUACCAAAGGGGGUGGGGCAAUCGAAAACAUCAGCUCGGACGAAGACGACAACAAAAUCGAAGCUCUAUCUCCAGUGAGUGAAAUAACCCAGAAAGACGCUUUUGGUAAUCCACACACCUUUGAUCCCUCACUCGGUUUAAAAUCACUCCUUGCCAGAAAAAUGGACGGUAGCAAUGUUAUAUCAUCUCCAUCUGGUGGACUUACUUCCAACUAUGAAAUAGAAGUCGAAGAAAUCUCAGGAGACGAAUCUCCAGUGAUGGUCUAUUUCGAACCGCUGGAAGUUGAGUGUAUUUCAGAUGAUGAUGAGAUAGGCGGUGAUGAUAUGGAAGUGUGCUCGGAUGAUGAAAGCUCUAAUGUGAUUGAAGUCAAUGUGAAAGCCUCCAUCUUUCCAGCACAAGAGCCGUUGUUGCCCCCUCCACGCAUGAUAUUCCCACACCCGGGGUUUUUCCUCGAUCCGUUUCGCCCACACCUUCCGUUCCUCCCACCACCCUCACAUCGUCACCACCCACACAUCCCUCCUGGUGGUAUGAUUGGUCCCCAUUUUCCCUCCCCACCGCCUCCUCGUCCGUUCCUCGAAGACCACAUACCCCAGGCCAACGGAUACUCGCGUAGACGCACAAACUUUGCACCGAGUCGAUUGCUAAGCAAAGCAAAACUGUUUCGAAAUCUUCCCUCUCCAAGAAACAAAAAAGAUGGCAUUAGUCAGGACGUGUUGUUCAAAGCUUUGGAUCAGUUGCGGAUGAUUGUGCUGAAUGAUGUACAGAAGAAGAUAGUUGAGAGCUCUGCCUACCCAGUACUGGACAGCCACUGGGAGAAGAGACAGAAGGAGAAACAAGCCUUGUCAGAUAAGACCACUCAAGAGAGCAGCACUACUGAUAAAGAGAAGACCUCACAACCUUUGCAACCCUAUCGUCGUAUGCUUCCAGGUAUGAAGGUGAAGACAGACUCGGAUAGAGAGCCAGAGGAAGUGGGCGGGGAUAAGGAUGACGCAGAGGAUGAGGAGGAGCCUUCUCUGCCCACCCCCCGGAAGAGAUUGAUGAACUUCAAGAUCCCACUAGUUCGUGGCGUAGGUCAGCGGAGAGGUCAGUCCGCCACUGUGAUCAGACGGAGGCUAUUUGGUGGGAAAGAAGAGCCACAGUCCAAGUCUCAGAAAGGUCUCCCACCAUCAAAGACUUAUGAUGAGUGCUCAGAUAUCAGUAGCGCUGAGGACUUUAGCUCUGGCUCAGACGAGGACAGUGACAGGUCAUCAGAUGCUGGCAGCUGGAACAGUGACAGGGACUCCAGUACAGAGCCAACCAUCAAUGACAGAGAAAAAGAAUAUCGUGCCAUAUUUGGAGACUCGAGUGACAGUGAUAACUUCGAAAAUUUCGUAACUACUCAGAACAAAUCGAACAAACGACGCCAUCCCUCGGGUAACCAUAGCGACGAGUCCAUUGAGGAUACAGCUCCUCCAAAAAAGAAGCGAGCAGGAAUCAAAUUGAAAGGAAAAACGCCGAAAACUCGAAAGAAACAGCAACGAAAAGGACACGAUUUUGCAACAGAUGAUGAGCAACCGACAUCAUUGGACAAAGAAAAUCUGGAAAGAAUUGACCGAGUCAUCAAGCAAGGUCAUCCACCGAAACCCAAAUACAAGAAGCGAACGGAAAUUGCUGAAGAGGCGAUAUUUGUUGAGUACUUGAGUGUUGGCCCAGGCAAGGAGGAUGUGCAGAUGUUCAAGCUGGCACUAGCACGGCUGAUAGGAGAAGGGGAGGAGCUUGUGACGGGAGUGCACUGGGCACACUAUCCUGAUGCACCUCGUCCUCUCAAACGAGAGCCACCCACCAAAAGAAGGCGUGGCACUGUCUCUGGUGAACCCGCAGAUCAUGUGACAGGAUGUGCUCGCUCCGAGGGCUACUAUAAGAUUACCAUGAGAGAGAAGGUCAAGUACCUCCCACACCAUCGACUCAAGAAUACAACACAAAGGAGCUCAGAUGUCAAGAGUAAGAGCAGUGGUCGAGUGAACAGGGCCAACCAGAGGAAGUUGGCCUCUCUCUUCAGUGCUGGGGACGUAUCCAGUGACCUGGCCAAGUACAACCAACUCAAGGCAAGAAAGAAGCAGCUCAAGUUUGCCAAGUCCACUAUUCACAAUUGGGGCCUCUUUGCGAUGGAGAGUAUAGCAGCUGACGAGAUGAUCAUUGAGUACGUAGGUCAGAUGGUACGACAAGCCGUGGCAGACGAGAGGGAGAAGAGAUACGAGGCAGCUGGUAUAGGAAGCAGCUAUCUGUUCCGGGUGGACCAUGAUUACAUCAUCGAUGCCACCAGACAAGGGAACCUGGCUAGAUUCAUCAACCAUUGCUGCGAUCCCAACUGUUACGCCAAGGUGAUCACUGUUGGAGUUCUAAAGAAGAUUGUUAUCUACUCCAAGAGGGACAUUGCCUUAGGAGAAGAGAUCACGUACGACUACAAGUUCCCUAUAGAAGACGAGAAAAUCCCGUGCCUAUGUGGAGCACCGAUGUGCCGAGGGGCAUUGAAUUGAUCAUGUGCUGAGCUCUAUGUUGUCAUGUGACUGACUCUCAUAUACUGAUUGCUAUAUAUAUUGUCAUGCAGAUUACCUCAUGCUCAGCAGCAUGCAUACAGUGGCUCUCAUCUGCGUGGUUUGUAUGGUCAUUUCUAUUAAUAAAACACCUCACCAUUAAAAUUGUAUUAUA